GGGCUAAGUGGGCUGUUGGAGACGUUGAUGCAGUCAUUCAACGAUGCGGCGGGCGCACCGUACUACAUUUACGGAGACCCAGCAUACCAGGUAUCCCCAUGGCUGAUGGCGCCAUACAAGGGCUUGUUGUCUGUUGCCGAGGUGGCAUUCAACAGGGCGAUGAGUAGAGUAUGGAUGACUGUCGAAUGGGGCUUCGGCCGGGUCGUGGCGUUGUGGCCUUUCGUCGACUACGUGAAGAAGCAGCAGGUGGUCCUCAGCGCAUGCGGUCUUGGAAAGCAGUACGCGGUGGCUGGUAUCCUGACGAAUUGCCACUGCUGUUUCUACCCAAACUCGACAGCGAAAUUCUUUGACCUUACCCCCCCUUCCCUCCAAGAAUAUCUUUCGGGACAGGGGUGACAACGUGUGUCUAAUUUGCAUGGGACUGAUGCAGGAAGUAACUACUGCAGUUGGCACCGCACUGUCCGGUACCAUCCUGAACAUGGCCACAUCGACGUGAGGUAUAGGGGUUGACAUCAAGCUUCGUUUCGUUCAGAUGAUUUGGGUUACCUCACGGCUUCCAAGUGAUAACAGCGGGGGCAGGGUUCAAGACCUUGGCUGCCUAUUGCGCUUGUUUUCCCGAAUUUUUGUAGGAGGGUAGAGGUCCCGUUGUACGGUCGAGUUCCCCUGAUAAUGCGAAACACCGUAAUGUUGUCUCGGGAUUAUUUCGUGGUUGUUCCUGUGGGCUGGAGCGUUGGAGGGGACCUGUAUAUCUUCCUGUUUGUUUCCUGGGUUUUCUCUUCCUUUCCUAUUUAUUUGCCUUGUUUGUUUCACGUUCUUUCUUUCUGUUAGACCGAGGUCGUUUGCCUGUAUCCGGGUUAGUUUUUCUUUAGGUGCCCUUUUUUGUUUGGGCAGAAAAUGAAUCGUGCCUUGGAGGAAUUUUCUUGUGUCCAUUGUUACGUUUUUAUUUCUUAAAAUGGUGCACCCCGUUUGGGGAUAGUUGGCUUGUGGUCACGGGAGGUGUCCGCGUCAGUUGGACCAGUACAAACAUUAGAAGGCACCGAGUGAGGCCUUUGCGUUUGGUCAUGUGAAGACAACCUCAAGUACAAAAAACAUAGUU